UUUUCUGCUGCACUUCUCUCUUUUGCAUUACAGAAGUCAGUAGGCCUCAUUAUGGCUUUUGGUUUGCAAAGUGGUCUCUGUAUUGUAAUGACAUACAAACUUUUUUUUUCUGUGACAUUGUUUUCGGUUGGACAAGUAAUGCCAGGAAAGAAAUACACACACACACACACACACACACACACACACACACAAGUGUAGCCUAGCCAGUUUAACAGGCCCCAACUUGAUGUAUAAGUGGUAUUUAAACAUUGUAUAGACUACACUUGGGCAUUUUACAUGAAUUUGUUAUUGCUGCAUUGUUUCUGGUCAGUGUAUCGGAGGUGGGCAGCAGCGGCCCUGAAGGGUGAAUGUGACUGAACCAUAAAACUGAAUAUAACCGAAUGCCUCGGGCACUGAAGCGAAUUGGUGGCUCUCUCUAUUUUACCCUCCUCUCCCUUUCUCGCCCCCUCUUUCCCUGCCUUUAUUCAAAUUUGGGUCAGGGGUGAGGAUUCUUCACGUCACAAGCUUGCAAGAUGGCGCUCGCAGAGCUGUGAGAUGAGAAAACAGGAUGGCUGUGUGAAGAGCUUCGGUCGAUUUAUUAAGGUUUCUAGGUGCAGGAAAAAAAGCUGGAAAUGGAACUGCCAAAUCAUGCCAAACAAUUGCUGCUGCAGCUGAACCAACAAAGAGCCAAAGGUUAUCUGUGUGAUGUGAUUAUAGUUGUAGAAAAUGCCCUCUUCCGGGCACACAAGAACAUUCUGGCAGCCAGUAGUAUCUACUUUAAGUCUCUCAUCCUUCAUGACAACUUAAUUAACCUCGACACAGAUAUGGUCAACCCGUCAAUUUUUCGGCAGGUACUGGACUUUAUUUACACUGGCAAGCUUUUGUCCUCGGAUCAGGUCAGUGAUCAUAAUUUUAAUGCCCUCUUAACAGCUGCAAGCUACCUCCAACUCCAUGACCUAGCUGCUCUCUGCAGAAAAAAGCUGAAACGCAAUGGCAGAUCACUCCACAACAAAACCACAACUCCUACAAAUGGAAGAACUUCUAGGAACCAAAGGCUGUCCUCCACACCUGUCACCCAAAACCAAAUUUCAGGGUUUAAAGACAGUGAAAAAUCAAAGAGACACGAGGAUCUACUCAAAGAUGAGUUGUCAGAGGAUGAGGUUUUUGUCAGGAAUGCUCAGUGUGCAAACUCUGCCAACUCUCUCAGUCCCUCUACAAGUAAGAAUGGGAGCAGUGGCCCCAUUACCAGCAGUGGUGGCCUCUUGGAGCUUGGCCUGGACCUCUCUAAGAAAAGCCCUUCAGGAAGCACAGUCACUGAAGAAGUAAGUCCUAGCAGUAUCCCACAAGAAUCACCUCAGUCUGCCUCAGAAUCCAUAGCCAACAGUGCCUCGUUUGAUGAUCUCCCCACCAACCCACAGAGCCUCACCACUGGAGAGCCAAUGGACAUAGGCGAAGCAGAGGAAUGUGACGAGAACCAGCAUUUUGCAGACCCUGACCAACAAAAAAGCACCCGCCAGAUAUCACGAUCCAGGCGACAAACCAAGGUUGAGGGCCACAAAGGUGAAGAUAUGGAAAGGUCCACUUUGCCCAAUGGAGUUGCCAAGAGGCUAAAUGUGGCUGGAGAAAGGCUCUCGGGUGGAGGAAAUGUCAACUCCGAUCUAUCUUACCAGUGUAAGGAUGAGGAAGAAGCACUGGAGAAUGGCCAGGAGCAGAGUGAAGAAAGUGGCCAGAGUGAGAAUGAAGGUGGACGCAACAGUGCCAACUACGUGUAUCGGCAGGAAGGCUUUGAGCCUGCCCUUGGUGACAACCUGUAUGUCUGUAUUCCCUGUGGUAAAGGUUUCCCUAGCUCAGAGGAGCUAAAUGCCCAUGUGGAGACCCAUACAGAGGAAGAGCUUUACAUCAAAGAGGAGGAGGACGAUGCCUAUCCAAAGGAAGACGAGGCUGAAGCUGAGGACCUGUCAUCUCAGACGGUCCAAGUGCAUGGAGUAGAUUCACGACGCUUUUGCUGUACAGUGUGCAAUAAAAGCUACAAAGAUCCUGCCACUCUGCGGCAGCAUGAGAAGACGCACUGGCUUACACGGCCUUUUCCUUGCAACAUCUGCGGCAAGAUGUUUACGCAGCGUGGCACCAUGACACGACACAUGCGCAGCCACCUUGGUCUGAAGCCCUUUGCCUGUGAGGAGUGCGGCAUGCGUUUCACACGCCAAUACCGUCUCACAGAGCACAUGCGGGUACACUCUGGGGAAAAGCCCUAUGAAUGUCAGCUUUGUGGGGGCAAGUUCACCCAACAGCGUAACCUCAUCAGCCAUCUUCGAAUGCAUACCUCCCCAUCAUAAGCCAAAGACACUUUGAAUGGAAUACCUUGAGCGCAAAAAAAGAUUUCAGUACAGUUCACACCUGUAUUCUGUAAAGAUGAUGGCUAUGAGUGGGCGAUCCGAUGGAGGAUUCACUCUCUGCUUUAGUGACUGGAGUAGUAGUUCAAAAUAUUAAGCCCCAAAAGACUAACCAUUUCAAAUAUUUUUUUUCCCCUUUUUUUCCUCAAUGCUACGAAUGUAUGCCUUGGGCACUGAUGCUGUUUCAAAAUUUCUUGGGCUCUCCAGAUCACUUCAGACCAGCCUAUGCAUUGGUUUCAUUAUUUGUUUCACUAGCUGUUGUCCCCAAGUAUACAAUUUCACUUCCCUUCGUCCUUAAAGCAAGGGCAGGAGUCAAGAGAAUGGACCACAGAAUGUGUAAAACAUGGUUUUGACACAUCAAAUUGAUUAACUAAUAAUUGCUAAACUUAUUUUUUCAGUUCAAAGGACGAUUGAAAUAUAUGAUCCUUUAGAAAUGUUUAUGGUGUUAUGUAAAAGUUUUGUGCAUAUGACCAAACACAUUCACAAGCUUUAGUCAGUACCGUAUGCUCAUUGCCUAGUUCUAGCCCUUGAAGGGGAACAGGGUUCAAAAAAGCAUUCAUACCAUAUCACAUAGUUUCUCAGUUUAAUUCAGCUUUAGAUUUAAUUUAGCUGUAGAUUGUACUUGUUACAUGAAAUACACAGACAUGCUGGAGCUUUUUUUCUAGCCCUCAUGAUGGUCCAUCAGUUGGUUAGCCAACUAACCAGUUGUGGCAAAAAGUGGCCUGAAAAAUGGGUGUAGAUGGAUGUACCUUGUUGGGCUCUUUCUGUGCCUGGGCAUGGGCAAAUGGGGGUAUAGAAAAGAGUGGUUCUGAGUGUUCUUUUAAGCUCUAAUGUUUACUCAUAUAAUAUAUAGGGGUUUACUCUCAAGACGAAAAGCCAAAAGUAAUGGUACUUGUUUUAGAUAACUUAUUGUUAUGCUUCAGUGAAUGUUUAAACAGGAAGUUCUUUUGAUAUUUCUUUGGGGUGGGGUGAUUUGGGUGAUGGGUAGUAUUUGUUUUAUUGAAUUUUGAAUGUCAAUUCUGUCUGUACUGUUAUUCAGUUUUGUUUAAGGUUUUUCCUUCACUAAAAACCUAUUUUAUAGUCUUGUCACAUUGCUACCUCUUAAUUCUUAAGAACAGUACAUUCAUUGAUGGAAAAAGGGGGGUGUAGAUGUAGCUUGCCCCCACAAGGUUGUAUAAAGUUUGAUGAGGUUUUCAGAAUGGUCUUAACUUGCCCAGCUUUCAACAAAGGUUUGAUGAUUGCCUUUUUUUUUUUUUUUUUUAACAUAUUUAACAUAGUAGAACUAGAACUUAGCUUGUUGGAUGCAUGUAUUUAAGUUUUAUGUUAAAGAAAUCCAAAGAGAAAACUAGUUCUGAGGAAAAUAAUGGCUUACGAACAAACUUUUUCUGUAGAAUGUCACUACCAAAGUUUUUAGAUUAAAUGCAGAAAAUAACAUUUCAGGAGAAAAAAUAUUAUUAUUAUUUUUAACUUUUAGCUCUCGGUAAAGAGGAACGAUGUGGGAAUGUUAGUUUAUACUGGACAUUGUACUAAAAACCAAUGAACAACUUUUGUAAAACUUCUGCUGAUUGGUGGGCUGGCAGUUGUUCAGUUUUGAAGUUUAGUUUCUCAAGCUGGUUUGUCAUUACUUUUGUCUUCAGACGAACUUUAUUGAAGGACUUAAGAAGGACUAAAUUAUUUUAGUUCAGACCAAAAAAAAUGAAAGAAGUAAGACAAAAUGAGCAGAGUCACAAUGUUUGUGUUACAUGACCACCAUUUUGGACAAGUUCAUUCAAUGAGGAAUCAAUACACUGGAUGGCCUCUACAGUCUUUUGCUCUUGGGCUUUUUUUAGGCUUACACAGAAACUGAUGCCAUUUAGUCAGUUCAAAGUAUUGUAUAGCUCCUUUGCAUUAUUCAGAGAAUGACAAGUUAUUCCAAAACUUUAGUCUAGUCUUAGGUUACUGACUUUGGGGUCAGUGUUACAUUAUCAGUUCAGACACUGGUAGGAGUAUUCAUAUUUUACUGUUGAACAUUUUGAUGCCUUCUAUUUACAGAUUUUGUUCAUUUAUAGCAAGUUCCAGUGUAUUACAUUCCAUGUGAAACUUUUACCCUUCUCAAUGCAAAUUCUAAUGGCAUUCCUUUUUUUGGUUUAAUUUGUUCUGGUUCUUAAUCCAAAGCCCAGUGCAAGUGCUUACUAAUGACAUUAGGUGCAGUUUGUGUCAGAUAUUCUAGAAUAAUGUACACUGACUUCCUUUUUCCUGGAAUUUUGUCCGAAUCCAUCUUUCCAGAGACUUAAUACAAACGCAUCACAGUUCUUACACUGUAGAAACGUCCAGGUUGUUAUCAUUAUUUUAUAUUUUGGACUAAGCAGUUAGGGAGAUGAUGAGCAGUGUCAAAUUCUCAGGCCAUUUGUUAGUCUGUAGCCCUGUUCCAUUUGCUAAUAUCUUGCAUCAUGUUCGCUACUCUCGGUCCAAAAUAAAAAUGAUAAAUUUAAUGGUUUAUUCUCAAGGUUAAAGUUGGUUUUAUUAAGGAAAAUUUAGUCAUAUUGAUUGGGCAGCUCAUGUUUGGAGUGCUCUCUGGUGUUGAAGUACAUGUAUCAGCUCAGGGAGACUUUGUGUCCUCCUUGUCACUUCCAUAUACCAGACAGAAUUCCAGGAAAAAGUUGCCAUUUGAUCUCUUGUGUACAUAUCAGCACUUAACCAGUACAUCAGUGUCCUAGAAGAGACGUGUUGCAUGGCCGAAGUAUUCAGAGCUACAGUAUAGCUGAAAGAGCAUGAAAAGGAUGGAAAAGUUUCAAACUGUGACAAUAAUGUUUCUACUUCAGACUUCAGGGAUAGUUCUACAUAUUUUGGAAAUGUGGAACUUUCGACUACAUUUGUAAGACUGUGUCAAUACUGUGUCAAUUUCUGUAUUUUAAUGAUGAAAAACACUAGUUUCCUACAAAAUAGAUUUUAAGAGUGUUCCCAUUUCAAAUGAUGCUUUCGGAAAAAAAAGGAAAAAAAAUGGAAAGAAAAGAAAAAGAAAAAAAGCCAGAGAUGUACAUGAAAGUUUUACUUUUAAGUUUCAGAGUGUUUUAGAACUAAAAAAAAAAAAAAUAUUAAGCAUAAAGUGUAUAAACAAAUAAGAUAAAGCUCAUACCCAAAAUUUCAGACUCUUUUUCUAAACCAAAGCACAUACUGAAUGAUUGACAGCUUGUCUGAUGUAUUGAUUCUUGUGUAUGUUUCACUGUUUACAUAAACAUUUAGUCUCCGACCUCAGGAGAGGAGAGGCCAGUUUGAGCAUGCUUCUUUUGUAGAGGUGUCUUAAAUUGAAAAAAAAGAUGAUUUGUGAAAAUGCCUACAUAUUUCCCCCCUAAACAGGUCCCUAUAUGGCAUGGAUCGUAUGUGCUAUGGGAGAGGUGUGUGUGUGUGUGUGUGCUCUUAAUGUAUUAUCAUCCGGUUAUUUUUGUUAUUCUGCUGCUUUCAAAUGUCUACAUGUAAUGAAUGAAUAGAAGCUACACAAACAUGACUUACCUCAGACCAUGUAGGAUUUUAAAAAUUUUUAUUUUGGGUAUGAGAAGGUCUCACCAUCUCUUCUUUAAUCUGCUGUUCAUUUUCUAAUGAUUACUCUUUUUGUUUUCUGAGCCGUUUGUUGAAAGAACCAUUAAAGAAGCAGCUUCCUUCUGACUGGCCUCUCCUCUGAAUCACAUUGGUGCAAACACUUAUUGACAGUGUUCAAAUUUUUUUUUUUACUUUUUUUUUUUUUAAACAAAGGUCUAUUGUCAGUGAUGAAUGUAUUUAUUUUUGAUCCUGUAUCACUUUUGUGAAAAUUUCACUUUGUGUGAGACAAGGUGCUUUCAGGGUCUUAAUUGUAUUGCUUAAAAUGACAAAACAAAUCCCACAUGGAUGUAGGUGUGAGGAAUGUAUGUGGUCCCAUGAAGUGUUCCCAUUCUAGGCUGGAUUGGAUCCAUUCUGAUCCUUCUCUCACUCAAAGCAUGCGUGUUCUCUGGAUCAUGUGUUCUUUUUUUUCCUGUACUAAAGACUUGAAGGCUGUGGUUUUCUUGUUUGUUUGUUUGUUUUUUAAACAUAUUCCCUAUCUGUUUGCUUCUGUCUGUUGAUACAAUAUGGGAUUUUUAUUAAUUGUGUAACAAGCACUCUUGUGUUUGUGUUCUUUACUGAAAGCAGUGGUGUUGUCACGCUAUCAUGAUUCAAGGCUCAUAGUGGAUUCUAUUUCCUUUAUUUCUUUGGAGGUUGUCAAGGGGGUGUCCUAUUUACAUAUGACCAACAAAGCCAAAGCUUUUGUAAGAAUGAACUCUCCUCUGCUCACCUUCACCUCCCAAGUCUGUCAAAAAAGCAAGUGGCAUGCAGACAUAUUGUGUGGUUAGAGAUGGAAUAUAAGCUUUAUAAAAUGCACUUUGCGAUUUGACAGCAAGGUCUUUUUAAGAAUGACCUUUUAAACGAAUCUAGAGAACUUGCUCAGUUAUCUUAAUGAUCACUUGAUCAAUAUUUUGAGACUGAAGAAGAUUGAUCUUUGAUUUGCUGCUAUGAUUUGUAGCCUGUUGCAACAGCGCUAUGUAUUUCCUGUGUAGUAUUGUCAAGUCUCACACUGCUAAAUGUUAACCAACCACUUGGACCUCAAUUUACCAAACCGACCCCUAAACCAAAGCCAGCUUUAAAAGCCUCUGCAUUUUCCAUGUACUUUUUUACUUGUGGCCAUAUUGCACCUAAUACUGUGUUCCUGCUGCCUAUAUGACCAUUCAGUCAGCCUUUUUUCACUGUCUUCUAGCCAAUCUCUGCCCAUUCCAGUGUCUUUUAUGUCUCUUUUAUAGACAUCAUUCUGAAUCUAUAAAUCUGUAUAUUUUAAGGAUUUGUUUACCUCAGAAGAAUACGUUUCAGUUUCAAAUAUUUGUUGAAUCACUGUUUUUAUUACAGUCAUUUCAGCCUUGAACAUGGUUUGCCGACAACACCAUGGUUUCACGUUUCAGUUCCUCAGAGAUCUUGUAUUCAGGGCCGAGCUACGUGAAGCUUGCAGCUCGAUUUGUGUUAUGCGGACACAAUACAAUGUACAGAGGUGAUCUCAUCUCCUUGCGGUCUUAAUGUACAGCUAUGAGAAGUCAUUUUAGAAUCAUUAAAAUCUUGAUCAAAAUACCUA